AGGAGGCGCCGCCCGCGGAACCGGCGGGACCCGGGACACGGCGGGAAAUAUCCCGGGACAUUCGGGAGACCGGGACAUCCCGGGGAACACGGGAGCACCGGGACAUCCCGGGAACAGCCCGAGACAUUCGGGAGACCGGGACAUCCCAGAGAGCAUCCCGGACACUCCGGGCACCGGGACAUCCCUGAGCGCAUCCCGGACACUGGGACACACCGUGGAGCAGCACCGGGAGCCUCUGGAGAGCAUCACAGACACUCCGAGGGGACACUCUGGAGGAACAUCCCGGGACACCUCGACAACGAUCCCGUAGCUCAAAUUCUUCUUCGUUUUGUUUUAGAAUCUUCCUGCUCGGGCGGGAAUCUUCAAAAUCGUCCUCCCCCCGCUGUGGCCGGGCGGAGUUUAUGAUGCGGGGGGGAAGCUGAAGGAAAUGGCUCACCCUGGAAAGCCUUGCACACUCGGGCCCUGUGUGACAGGAGAAACUGCAAAUCUACAGAGAGACGCUCAUUAAAUUGUUUUUGGGAUAGGAUCCACCAUGGUCCUGUCCCAUCAGGGGCUGCUGCUCGGUUUGUGGCCCAGUGGUGCUUUUUUGACAUGGGCUUCUGGAGCUUUUCCUCAGAUAGUGAGGAGUGCAGGGAAGAGAAAAUAUAUUAGUGGGAGGAAAGGCAGGUUUGUGAACUCUCGCUUAAAAGAAAGGGGAAUAGUUCAUGUGUUGCCAUGAGAAGAUGGCAUCUGAAGACACUUUAUUGGAAGAGGACAUUUGGGAGUAUAAAUCCAUUAGGAAGCGAAAACGUCAGAGUAAUUCACAGAGCAUUGCUACUCCUGGGCAGGAAGCAAGUGAUGGCAAGGGCAGGCCAAAAAGAAAGAGAAAUAGGAAAAAGAAAUCCACAGAAAAAACUGAUACACCUCAGAAAACCAAGCAGAGCUCACGGGCAGGUCAGGACGUGGAUCAAUGCACACAAGACAGUAGUGUGCACUCCCAGGAGAGCGUGAGCAGCCUGGCAGAACAGAGCUCACAAAAUGCAAAACCCGUUCACGACGGAUUCUGUCCCAGCUGCCAGAUGCCUUUCUCUUUGCUGUUGGUCCAAACACCUCAGUGGCACGUCUAUGAAUGUUUGGAAACUCCAGGACCCAUUGAAAAAGAGUGUCCUGAUGGUUUACUGUGCACCUCCACCAUUCCAUCUCACUACAAGCGUUACAGCCAUUUUCUGCUUGCAGCAAACAGGGCAGGGGAGUAUCUUGUAAACCCCUUGGGAACCGCAUGUUCUACUGCUGCAAAGCCCAGCUGUUCCCCAAGCUAUGCAGAGGAAACCUCAGGGGAUGAGAAACCCUCUACUGAAAUGAAGCACGUCCCAAAUGAUGACUGUGCAGCAAUGGUACGGAACUCACCGCAAAUGAAGUCUCUAAAUAUAAUUAGUGGAAGUACUUCCUUUUUUGCAGGUGUUGAAAAACCUCAGCAGGCACUUCAGCCCCCACAGGCAGUAGAUAAUUGUUGUAAAUUUGAAUUUUUUGAUUUUGCAUCCUCUCAAGAAAGUGAAACAGGAAAAGAUCUGUGUAUUGAGAAAGAUACAAGUCAGCCAAGUCUGCUACAGUCAGGAGUGGAUUUCGACGACUGUGAAAUCUCUUAUUCUCCACUAAGUACAUUUGAGGAAAGUGAAGAUGAAGAGGAGGAGAAAGUAAAAGUAUCACAGAAUAAAUUACUUGAAGUACAGAGCUCAGAAGAAGACUCUGAUUCUGUGACAUUUAAAACAUUGGAUGAACUUCUCUUCCAGAGGAAGCCUCAGAAUGAGUGUACGAAAAUGGAAGAUAUCAUAACUAAAAAAUCCCUCUGUGAGGAAGAAUAUGCACUGAACAAUCUAGAUCCUCAGCAAAGGGUGGUAGCCAGUGAAUCCUCUUUUGCUUCUAGUUACAAGGAGGCUGAACAGCCAGAAUUGUUUUCCUCUGCUGCCAAAACAGGAACCACAGAGUCAGAAGAUGCUGGUGCUUGUGCUCUGAAUUCUGCACGUGUGAGUUUUACUGAACCAUCAUCACUGCUAGGCAGAGAAGAUGCUUCCUCUCUUCUGACACAGAAGAGCAAUGUUUUGAGAGAGCCAAGUAACACUUUAACUCAUACAGAUAAAAUGACUGCCAGUGCAACUGAAAAAACAGCUCGCCAGGAGAGUUUGCAGAGAGCAGCAGAGAAAAAAGGAAAUCUUAGUACAGCUACUGUGUGCUUUCCCAGCCCCAUCUCUUCUAAAUCAGUGCCACCUCUUUCAUCAGCAGCUAUGAACACUAAAUCUAGUCCUGCCAAAGAACUUAAACAAAUGGACAUUGGUGUUUUCUUUGGGUUAAAACCCAAAGCAAAGGAGGAACGCAAAGGAGCGGCAUGUUCAAACGAGAAAAAGCACGUACCAGCUUCAGUAUCUCCUAGUGGGAAGGGGCCCAGACAGCAAAAAAGGAAGGCUGAGGGGUCUGUGGAAGAUGUGGAAGCAGUUACAGAAAGUUCAAGUAAAACUGAAGCCAUUGCAGAUGUACCUUCUGGUGGCCAACGAAGGUGGAGAAAAAAAUUUAAAGAAUUACCUACUACAGGUGAAGGACCAAGAAAAAAACAAUGCCCCUUCUACAAGAAAAUACCAGGAACUGGUUUUACAGUUGAUGCCUUCCAGUAUGGAGAAAUUGAAGGCUGCACAGCUUAUUUCCUUACUCAUUUUCACUCUGAUCACUACUCUGGACUAACAAAAAACUUCAGGUUUCCAAUCUAUUGUAAUAAGGUAACUGGCAAUCUGGUGAAGAGCAAACUCCAAGUCCAGGAGCAGUUUGUCCACGUGCUGCCGAUGGACACGCAGUGCGUGGUCAAUGGGAUCAAAGUGCUGCUGCUCGAUGCCAAUCAUUGUCCAGGUGCAGCAAUGAUCCUUUUCCACCUGCCAAGUGGGGCUGUGAUUCUGCACACAGGGGACUUCAGAGCUGACCCUUCCAUGGAGCGCUACCCUGCUCUGAUGGGCCAGCAAGUCCACACCCUUUACCUUGAUACCACAUACUGUAGCCCUGAGUACACUUUUCCCUCACAACAAGAGGUUAUCCAAUUUGCUGUCAACAUUGCCUUUGAGACAGUGACUUUAAACCCACGAACUCUAGUUGUCUGUGGCACUUAUUCCAUUGGAAAAGAAAAAGUUUUCUUAGCAAUUGCUGAAGUUCUGGGCUCAAAAGCAAGUGUGUCCCGUGAGAAGUACAAAACCCUGCGGUGCUUGGAGUCAGCAGCUGUUAAUUCCCUCAUCAGCAUGGACUGGAAUGGUACUUUGCUUCAUGUUCUUCCCAUGAUGCAAAUAAAUUUUAAGCGCUUGCAAGAUCACUUGAAUAAGUUUUCUGAGAAUUUUGAUCAAAUUCUGGCGUUUAAACCUACGGGGUGGACCUACUCUGAUUCAUGCCUUUCUCUGGAGGAUAUCAAGCCUCAGACAAGAGGAAAAAUCACUAUAUAUGGAAUUCCUUACAGUGAGCACAGCAGCUACCUGGAAAUGAAGCGUUUUGUGCAGUGGUUGAAGCCAAAGAAAAUCAUCCCCACUGUUAAUGUUGGUAACUGGAGGGACAGAAGCUUGAUGGAAAUGCAUUUUAGAGACUGGAUGACUGAGGGCAAUAGACAUAAAUAAAUAUGAGGAAUGUAUAUUUCAAAGGAAGUAGGCUGGAAUAGGAAUUGAGUUCCUGUGAGUUUUAUUUAUCUGCCUUUUCCAUGAAGCUUUCUUUAGGAAGGACUAAACUGCCAUUCUUUGAAGAAAGAAAUUCAGGGAAAGAAAAAUAAGGCACCUUGCUUUCUUGUGUAUCUACUACUUUUUUUCCCCUAUUACUUAACUUAAAAUAUGAACUUGCAAAAAUUAUUUUUAUCUUAUUCCUUUUCCCCCCUUCUUGAUUUUCCUCAUGUUGUGGAGAUGCUCAGAUGUGUAAUGCUGGGGAUUAGGCAGUCUCCAGGGUAAUUUCUGAAAACAAGUUAUUGUAAUAAAUGAAUCAAUACUAAGCUUAUGUAACAUGCUGUCAUCUCGGGCUUCAGAGAAGCUCAUUUCAUGAGGCAGAGCUGACUGUUGUGAUUUAAAUCUUGUUAAAAAAAAAAAACAAAACAAAAACAACUUAUGAGAGAGUGUUGACUUGGGCUCCUGCAGCAUAGGUACUUUAGACAAUUGUUUACAAAAGACAUUUCUACAUUCUGCUCAAGACUUUUGUUUUUUUAAUGAUAUUUUUUAAAAUAAAGAAUAUAUCUUAAACCUA